AACGCGGGAGAGAGCCUUAUCUGAUACCACCACCACCACCACCUAAAUUUUGGAAGCUCGUAACUCACUUGAAGAGUAACCAAAAGUACUUAGAAACUCUGAAAUGGCGAACGCUAUCUAUUUCUCACCUGUAAAUACCUUCAAGCCUCCAAAUAAACCAGGGCUUUUAAUAGGUGCAUCUAGUGGCCGAAGUGUUCUUCGGGUCGACCAGGUGUUUCCAAACUCUCAAACUGCUAGGUUUCAAUCCAUUGAAGCCAAGGCUGCAGACAGUAAUGAGAGCACGAAAUCAAACAGCCUAUUAUGUGCUGAUUGUGAUGGAAAUGGUGCAGUUUUGUGUUCACAAUGCAAAGGUACUGGGGUAAAUUCUGUUGACCACUUCAAUGGCCAGUUUAAAGCUGGGGGUUUAUGUUGGCUCUGCAGAGGAAAAAGGGAUAUUUUAUGUGGGAACUGCAAUGGAGCUGGCUUUGUGGGUGGCUUUAUGAGCAGUUUUGAUGAUUAAGAAUGUGUACAAAUCAGAUUUGGUAAUUGAAUCUGUGUUGGUUGUCAUGAAUCAGCAAGAACUUAACCGAUAUAAAAGUCAAUGAUUCAUUUAGGUUGGUCCCUGUAUUGUAUUUAUGGGAAUUGCCUUCUUUUCAUGAUAUGCAAUUGGUUUUCCUAAUCUUCUCCA